AUGGCCGACAGCCACAUCCUCCAGCUCGCAGAGACGAUUCAGACAGCCUCCAUCAACAGGCACCCUUCGCCCGCCCACGAUGCCAACCCUUCGACCGCCGCCUCGAUGAAACAGCCCGUGCGCCUUGACGACGAGCCCGACCUCGACCAGCUCCCCACCAACAUUGAUGAAGACGAGAUCCCUGUAUCUGUCCUCAGACCUACGCCGCGCAGCAAGCAGUUCCCUCCCCUGCCCGACCUGCGCUUUGAACAGAGCUAUCUCGCCAGCAUCCAGGACGCCACCUCUUGGCAGAAGGUUGCCUGGAUUACCUUUAGAGACCAGCUCUUCAUGCCUCUGACCCAAGGGCUGCUCUGGACCUUGGUCGUCGCUGGCUGGAGGAGCUGGAAUACAGUGCACAACACUUCGUCCAAGUUCUCUGGCUCCAGCAUCGGUGCUCGUCUGCGAAGGUGGUGGUGGCAGACCAACAACUGGUCUAUUCCUGGCUCCAAGUCGUCCUUGCGUGACCAAAGGCUCGCUGGCCAAGUCCAAGAGUACUAUCAAGCCGAGUUCAGCAGUGCAGGCGCCGAUUGA